CUCAUUUGAUGCUCACCUUGCUAUAUUAUCGUAUAAAAUUGGUAAAUCUGAUGUGAUGUGCUCAGUUUCAUUUUCAAUAUACACGAAGGAUCCAAAUACGUGUAAAAUGUUUACAAAGGUAAUUUGUUUCGCUUCGGUGAUCGCCGUCGUCUUCGGUAAUUACCACCAUGUGGCGUAUUCAGAACAGAGUAUGUCGAAACGUGAUGACCACCCAGUAGUCGUGCCUGUUGGAGGUUACCAUGGACACGGACACGCGAUUGACUAUCAUACGCAUCCUAAGUACGAGUUCGGUUACAAAGUAGUGGACACAUACACUGGAGACAUCAAAUCUCAACAAGAGCACAGAGAUGGUGACGUCGUAAAGGGAAACUAUGCGUUCCAUCAGCCGAACGGUGUUGAGAGAGUUGUCAACUACUAUAGUGAUGACCACAGAGGAUUCCAAGCCGAUAUUAAAUACGGACACAUCAGUCCCCGAUACGGACAUUAAUUAUUAAUCUAUUUAUAUGAUAUGUCUAAGAGAUUUUAUGUGCAAAAUUAUAAAUAAAUAAAAAUUUGCUAUGUAAAAA